GGAGAUGCUUUGGGGAAUCUAGGACUUUACAGCUAUAUAACUCCAAAAUGUCUCUUCUCUUCCUCCAGACAUGUGGCUGCUGAUUCAUACAACAUCUCUUCACUUUAUAUAGUCCAUCACUAAAGAACUAUACAAAAAUCCAUUUCUCACGAUGUCUUCAGACGCACAAAACCCAGAGCCAACUCCCGAGGCGCCAGCCCAGGAACCCCAAGAGGCACAGGAGCCCCAGGUCCAGCCCUCUCCGGAAACCCAACCAGAACAGGAACCAGAGAAAUCCAACGAGUCCGAAGACUCCGCAGAAUCUAAGGACAAGGACGCCACCGGAGAAGAAGAAGAAGAGAAGCCCAAGGAGAUGAAGUGCGAGCUCGCCCUGCUAGACAAGAAAUACGACUCGGACGGGCACAAGGUAUACAGCAAGCGCAAGGACCGGGGCGACGCGUCCUCGAAGCACUGGUGGAAGCUAUACGCGCUGACGGAGACGCGGCACUAUCACGAGGACGGGCGCUACAAGUGCACGCGCCUGCACGUGAACCCGCAGCCCCUGAAGCAGCUGCUCGAGGACGUCGUCAAGGACUUCCCCUACGACCCCGUCGACGCGCAGCAGGACGUCGACUUCGACCUGCCCGCGCACUGCCUGUUCUUCUACCGCGACAAGCUGGAGGAGGUCGGCAGCGCGCGCUUCGCCGACGACGAGACCUCGCGCGCCCACCUCGGCCUGCUGCUCGGCUGGAUCGACCGCGUGCACGAGGAGUCCUUCAAGGCGUCGCGCCGCUUCCACAGCAGCGACCAGCGGCCCGUCGCCUACGAGUACCUGUGGACGGCCUUCCGGCCGGGCAGCCUCGUGUACGCCAAGGUGCAGGGCCAGCCGCGCGCCUUCAAGCUGCGCGGCUUCUGGUACGAGACCGACCAGGACCCGUGCCUGGCCAUACGCGUGCAGUACGUCGACUACGACGGCGAGAAGUUCGGCACCCGCAAGGACCUCUUCCGCAUCCCCAAGUACUCCGGCGUCAUGCGCUGCGAGGACCUGAACAUCAUACCCCUCGACUACCACUCCGACGGCGCGGCCCUGCGCGCGCGGCUGCUGGAGCGCGGCCGCAAGUUCCAGAGCCUGACCGGCACCAACUUCAGGCAGUACAAGGGCGUCGCGCUUAAGAAGAACGGCGCAAAGUACGACCGCCACAACAUCUCCGGGCGCGUCGUCGUCGACUGCAAGAACUACCAGCGGUUCGAGCCCGAGGACGACUUCGAGCUCGAGGACCUGCCGCGCACCGAGGCCGCGAAGAGGCAGCGCACUCUGCGCCAGUACAACGAGGGCAUCGAUACCAGCGACCCGGAAAUCCUCGACGAGCUGACGGAGGAAGAUCUUCUGAUCACAAACGCGAGGGUGCGCGGAUUCGCGUGGUCGUCUAAGACUUUCGUCGAGUUCUUCAUCGAGAAUUUGUCCUCGAUUAAGUGGGAUGAGACCUGCUUCGAUCAGCUGGUGCUAAACCCAACAACGAAGAAGACUGUUCAAGCGAUGGUGACGACGCACUCGCGCCGCGGCCAAGAUGGGCCCGGAAUUGACGACAUCGUCGAGGGUAAGGGAAAAGGCCUCGUGAUGGUGCUUCACGGUCCGCCCGGAGUCGGAAAGACUUUGACGGCCGAGUGUGUGGCAGAGAGUGUGAAUCGGCCUCUCUACAUGGUAUCUGCGGGUGAUCUAGGAACCGACAGCUACUAUCUCGAGCACAAGCUAGGUCGUAUUAUGGAUAUUGCCACGACCUGGGGUGCCAUUUUGUUGAUCGACGAAGCCGAUGUUUUCCUUGAGCGUCGAAGCUUGCGCGACUUGCACCGGAAUGCAAUGGUGACCGUUUUCCUGAGAGUUCUCGAGUGUAUGUAUCCCCUGAAACUGGAAAAAACGCCUCUCUUUUUUUUAGUUUGGGCACUGACUUGAUUAUGCAGACUACCGUGGUAUUCUUUUCCUUACCACGAACCGCGUGGCAACCUUCGACGAUGCUUUCACAAGCCGUAUUCACGUUCCCCUCAGAUAC